AUGGCUUCUGGGCUCCCAGCCUUGCCACCUUUUAUGUUUCUCGCUGUUGGAGGAGCUCAAGUGCUGGCAACGGGCAAGUCCUCUGGGACUGAGAUCGAUUUCAAAUAUGCCAUCAUUGGUAUGGUGCUGGGAGCAGCCAUAUCUGCAGGCUUCCUCGCCCUGAAGAUCUGCAUGAUCCGGAGACACUUGUCUGACCUAAAGAACACAUCGCAGGAAAUCUUCUUGUUGAAGAAGAGAAGCCCCAGCUUGCUCAUUGUGCUUGAAGGUUCUCCUGCCAUUGAGCUCUUUGGUGCUCACUUCCUGGCCCAGGACUCAGGCUUGCGAGUCAUCAUGGCUCCUCAAGCCUCUUCAGAUACAGAAGAUUCUUAG